AUGGCCCGGAGACCCCGGCACAGCAUAUAUAGUAGUGAUGAUGAUGAAGAAGAUAUUGAGAUGUAUGAUCAUGAUUAUGAUGGUCUGCUUCCUAAGACUGGAAAACGUCACUUAGGAAAAACCAGGUGGACCCGUGAAGAGGAUGAGAAACUGAAGAAGCUUGUGGAGCAGAAUGGCACAGAAGACUGGAAAGUCAUCGCCAAUUUUCUUCCUAACCGGACAGAUGUUCAGUGCCAGCACCGAUGGCAGAAGGUAUUAAACCCAGAACUUAUUAAAGGUCCAUGGACUAAAGAGGAGGAUCAAAGGGUAAUAGAACUCGUGCAGAAAUACGGUCCAAAGCGCUGGUCUGUCAUUGCUAAGCAUUUGAAGGGAAGGAUUGGAAAACAGUGCAGGGAGAGGUGGCACAACCAUUUGAAUCCAGAAGUGAAGAAAACCUCCUGGACAGAAGAGGAAGAUAGAAUUAUUUACCAGGCACACAAGAGGCUGGGAAACAGAUGGGCAGAAAUUGCAAAGUUGCUGCCUGGACGAACUGAUAAUGCUAUUAAGAACCACUGGAAUUCCACCAUGCGCCGAAAGGUUGAGCAGGAGGGAUACCUGCAGGAGUCCUCCAAAGCCUGUCACUCCUCAGCAGCAGCUGGCUUUCAGAAGAGCAACCACUUGAUGACCUUUGCUCACAACCCUCCUUCUGCACAGCUGCCAGUAUCUGGCCAGCCACCGAUGAGCAAUGACUACCCUUACUACCACAUCUCUGAGCCGCAAAAUGUCCCUGGUCAGAUCCCAUAUCCAGUAGCACUGCAUGUAAAUAUUGUCAAUGUUCCUCAGCCAGCUGCUGCAGCUAUUCAGAGACACUAUAAUGAUGAAGACCCUGAGAAAGAAAAACGAAUAAAGGAAUUAGAGUUGCUACUAAUGUCGACUGAGAAUGAACUGAAAGGGCAGCAGGCAUUACCAACACAGAACCACACAUCAAACUACCCUGGCUGGCACAGCACCACAAUUGCUGACAGUAGCAGGACUAGUGGUGACAAUGCACCUGUUUCCUGUCUGGGGGAACAUCAUCAUCAUACUCCAUCUCCACCAGUGGAUCAUGGUUGCUUACCUGAAGAGAGUGCAUCCCCUGCACGGUGCAUGAUUGUUCACCAGAGCAACAUCCUGGAUAAUGUUAAGAAUCUCUUAGAAUUUGCAGAAACACUCCAGUUAAUAGACUCCGAUCCUUCAUCAUGGGGUGAUCUCAGCAGUUUUGAAUUCUUUGAAGACAAAGACACGUCGGCUAGCAAAGCUCCCACAGGCAAAGUUGCACAGCUUCAGCAAAGAGGGGCCAGUGCUUGUAGACCUCAAGGACACCCCAUGACAAACUUGAGCAAAAUUAUGUCGAGUCAGAGCUCUCCUGGCUCACCAAAAUACUUAUCUGCCUCACAGGGCAGCGCGGCUCCAUGGGUCCUUCUUCGCAAAAGGAGAGGGGACUCCAGCCCCUUAGCCAGUGGCCACGGUAGCACCUUUGUCCUAGCUGACGUCAGCAGCUCAACUCCUCCUAAGCGCUCCCCUGUCAAAAGUCUGCUCUUCUCUCCCUCGCAGUUCUUAAACACCUCAUCCAAUCAGGAAAACCUGAACCUGGACAAUCCAGCACUAACUUCCACACCAGUGUGUGGCCAUAAGAUGGCUGUUACCACACCGUUCCACAGGGACCAGGCGUUCAAAGCUCAGAAGGAGAAUAAUGUUUUCAGAACUCCAGCAAUCAAGAGGUCAAUAUUAGAGAGCUCUCCAAGAACACCCACUCCAUUCAAAAACGCACUUGCAGCUCAGGAAAUCAAAUAUGGUCCUUUGAAGAUGCUGCCUCAAACUCCGACUCAUCUUGUGGAAGAUCUGCAGGACGUUAUCAAGCAGGAGUCAGAGGAAUCUGCAAUAGUGGCUGGGCUACAUGAAAGUGGACCCCCUUUGCUGAAGAAAAUCAAACAAGAGGUGGAGUCACCAACAGAUAAAACUGGAAAUUUUUUUUGCUCUAAUCACUGGGAAGGAGAAAACCUGAACACUCAGCUCUUUACACAAGCAUCUACUGGGGAAGAUGUGCCAAAUCUUCUUACCAGCUCCAUUUUAAAGAUGCCUGUGUCUGAAGAGGAUGGUAGUUUUCACAAAACAUUUGCAGUACCUAGGAACAGGCCACUAGCUAGUCCUUUGCAGCAUCUGAACAACGCCUGGGAGUCAGCGUCCUGCGGGAAGAUUGAGGAUCAGAUGGCCCUAACGGACCAGGCACGCAAGUACAUGACCACCUUCCCCACCCGGACUCUGGUGAUGUGA